AUUAUCGAAGUAUUCUAUUUUAAUGAGUUCCAGAUAUUGCUUUUGAAGACGUUCUUCCUAAUAUUACUAUUUACAUUAUUGUUGAUUUUCGUAUCUUGGCGUGUUUACGGGAAACGCAUUUCGGAACGGUUUAUGAAACCGGCUACUUCAGCCACAAUAGAACAAUUGAAGGAAAGUGUAUCAAAACUAAAACUGCCUAAGGAACACACCCCAAGAAUAUAAAUAUGGCGGAUAAAAUAAAAAAGUUCUUUCAAAAGAAAAAGGUAGAUGCGAAAUUCAAGUUGGCUGGACGAGGACAUAAAUUAAGUGAAGAUACAUUGAGUGGUUCUAGUUCAAACUCAUCUCAAAGACUCGUCCCUGUUGUAAAGAGAUCAGGCCUGUCUGAGGAGAGCAAGGUUGCUGCGGAAGCUGCCUUGGCUAGGCUGCAACAGAAAAGAGAGAAUCCAGCUUUUAACACUUCAUUGGCUGCAAUUCAGGCACAAGUAAAAAGAGAGUUGGAAAAUGAGAAAACACAGCCCACCACAUUAUCCGGCACUAGCAGUGAAGACUCGAUGAAACAGGAGCAGCCUGUAUUGUCUAAAAACUAUGCUGCUUCAGGCAUCUUCUUUAGAUGUCCCAUGAUAAGCAAUGACAUACUGCCGCGGGAUGAAUGGAAGGCCAAUAUCAAAGCUUUCUUGUAUGAACAGUUAGAGGAAGAGAGAGGCCUGACAGCCUGUCUCAUCAUACAGUCAUGUAACAGCAACAGGGAAAAGAUCGAUACUUGCGUAGAAACUCUAUGCAAAUACUUGGAGAAUAUUAUCACUUACCCAGAAGAAGAGAAGUAUCAGAAAAUAAGGAUGUCUAACAGGGCAUUCUGUGAACGAGUUCAGCCUAUAGAAGGCGCAUUGGAUCUCCUAAUGGCGGCCGGGUUCACACAACAGAAGUUGACCAGCCCGGACGGCACAGAGGAAGAAUAUCUAGUUUUCAACAAGGAUAAUGUUCCUUCUGUGGAGAGUUUGACUACUCUGAUAGAUGCCCUCCGCUCCGCUGAGCCGAUACAACUGGAGCUGGACCGGAAUCUUCAGGUUCUCCUUCCGUCGCAGGCGGCCGCUAAAGUUCAACUGCCUAAUUCAUUUUAUGCCCUCACUCCUGAGGAGUUGAAGAGGGAACAUCAGUUGAGGACUGAAGCUUUAGAGAAAAGUCAGAUGCUGCGCACUAAGGCGAUGCGAGAGAAAGAUGAACUUAGAGAAAUGAAGAAGUACAAGUUUGCUAUCAUUAGGGUGCGUUUUCCUGACGGCAUAUUGCUACAGGGCACAUUCUCCGUAUACGAGCGAUACAACGAGAUACACGAAUUCGUACAAGAAAACCUUGAACAUAACGGAUUACCUUUCGUCCUCAACACGCCUUUGGGUCAAAAGUUAAGCCUCGAAGAUGACGGGAAUAAGACCCUUAUAGACCUUAGAUUAGUACCAGCCACAGUGCUCACUUUUGCUUGGCACGCGUCGGUUAUAGACGAAAUUCAGAGAAGCCCUAGCAGUAAUGUGUAUUUGAAGCCUGAAGUCAUGGUUUUAGUACAAGAAGUGUAAUUUGGUUGCCUGUGAUUCACGAUGUCCUUAGUUCGAUCUCCGGUCAGGUCUAGUUGAAAAAGUAUUUUUGCCUAAUUAAACAAAUUUGACUGAAUGGUUAUAUUUAUGUAAACAAUAUGUAACUAAAACCCUGUCCGAUCCGUUAAGAUCAUGUUGGAAAGCUAUUGUAGGUUAAGAAAAUUGGUUUCACGGGAAGGGAUUGUAUAGAAAUUAUAAAAAUAUCUGUAUAUAUGGCGGUUUCUGUGGCGCAGCGGUAUUGCGCUUUACUGUGACAAAGUCCCGGGUUCGAAUCCCGGCCAGAACAUGAUGAGAAACGAACUUUUUCUGCUUGGUCUUGGAUUAAAUUGUUGAGUUAGUAUCUCGUAACACAAGUUUCGAACUUAUUUCGAGGCUAACACAAUCUGUGUAAUUUAUUUAAUUAUCUGUUUAAAAAAAAUUAAAUUUUUGAUGGAAGCUGUCAACACUUGCUUUGUUGCCAUAUUUGAAUAUGCUGAAUAUAACUGCAACUUACCAUAUAAAGAUGCUCUUUUCGGAUAUGACAGGGCUUUUGUUACAUUGUGUUAUGUUGAGUAUGACAUUACAUAAUAUGCUUUAAAGCUUAGACCUUUAUAGUUUUACUGCUAAUCGAGAAACGGACCAUAAUAUUAAAAUUAUUAAAGUCAUUUUCGCAAGUAAGAUUGUAUAUUGAUAUGGACUAUUCGCUUUCAGAAAAGAUUACAUAAAUUGUGAUGAUGUAAUGAACUUUAAAUUAGAUUUAUAAUUGAUAUGUUUAAAAAAUUCUAUUGUUGCAUUUAAAAGCGCACGUUAAAAACAACUGUCAAACAAGCAUUACAUUGCAAUCUUUAUCUUUCUCAUAUGAUUAGUAAGGGAGAGGAAUACAUUUGCUGAUAGAAAGAUAUAUGCAUUUGCAAUGUGUAGAUGUUUAUUUUCUCACAUUUUUAUAAUAAAUAUAUUGUCCAUUCACGUUUAGUAGUCAUGAUGUUGUUCUAUUUUAUUGCAAAUUUUGUAAUAAUGUUGUUAGGUACGAAUAAAGCAAUGCGUUACAAAACUGCUUUUGUAUCACCUCUUCUCCUAUAAACAUAUAAAAUACUAUUACGAAUGUAGAAUCAUAUACUAUUAUUGUUAACAUAUAAAUUUCUGUUAAAGCACAAUUUUAAUUUUUAUAGUCCCUUAUAUGGACUACAUGCACUUUUAACGUAAAUGCUAUAUUUAUUUUUGUUUAAGUAGUACAUGAAAUCUAUUGAGUACAAGAUAAUUACGAUUUUCCAAUUAAUAUUUUCAAUGUUUUAGGUUUUUUUAUUUCUCAAUUGGUCAAAAAUAGAGAAAAAUAAUUUCACCAUGUAUAUUUGGAAGUGUAGCUACUAUAAACUUUAUUGUAUAUUUUGGCUGGUGUUACGAUUAACUCAGUCCUUAUUUAAUUUAUUAAAAACGUGUAUCAUGUCAUUUAAAUAUAGAUAUAUUCGCCUUGAGGGCAAAUAAAUAUUUAAAACACCGUU